CUGCGUGCUCUGUAGAGCCCAACGAGAGACGUGUCAGUAUCCCGAGAACCGUUUUCCAUAGAGGACGACAUUACUUCGUUGCUCUGUGAUAAACGCUCGAUUCAACUUUCUUUCUCUCAGAUUCUCAAUUCAAUCUCAGAACACUCCUCAAAAUGCGCGAAUGUAUCUCAAUCCACGUUGGACAGGCCGGAGUCCAGAUUGGUAACGCUUGCUGGGAAUUGUAUUGCUUGGAGCAUGGAAUUCAGCCUGAUGGUCGUAUGCCGUCCGAUAAAGUUGCUGGUGGAAUCGAUGACUCUUUCAGCACUUUCUUUGCCGAAUGCGGUUCAGGCAAACAUGUCCCAAGAGCUAUCUUCGUCGACUUGGAACCGACUGUGGUUGAUGAGGUUCGCACUGGCACAUACCGCUCUUUGUUCCACCCUGAGCAGUUGAUUACCGGAAAGGAGGAUGCAGCUAACAACUACGCUCGUGGUCAUUACACCAUCGGCAAGGAGAUUGUCGAUAUUGUAUUGGAUCGUGUCCGCAAGUUGUCCGAUCAAUGCACCGGUCUUCAGGGCUUUCUCAUUUUCCAUUCUUUCGGUGGAGGCACUGGGUCUGGAUUCGCCUCCCUGCUGAUGGAGCGCUUGUCGGUAGACUACGGCAAGAAAUCCAAACUGGAGUUUGCCAUCUACCCUGCUCCACAGGUGUCCACUGCGGUCGUUGAACCGUACAACUCGAUUUUAACCACCCAUACUACUUUGGAACAUUCCGACUGCGCUUUCAUGGUCGACAAUGAAGCUAUUUAUGAUAUCUGCCGUCGAAACUUGGAUAUCGAGCGACCCAGCUACACCAACUUGAACCGUCUGAUUGGCCAGAUCGUUUCUUCCAUCACAGCUUCUCUUCGUUUCGAUGGAGCCCUUAACGUUGAUUUGACUGAAUUCCAGACCAAUUUGGUCCCGUACCCUCGUAUCCAUUUCCCACUUGUUACCUACGCCCCUGUCAUCUCCGCCGAAAAAGCUUACCACGAGCAGAAUUCCGUUGGAGACAUCACCAACGCUUGCUUCGAGCCGGCCAACCAGAUGGUGAAAUGCGAUCCCCGUCAUGGAAAGUACAUGGCUUGCUGCAUGUUGUACCGCGGAGAUGUCGUCCCCAAGGAUGUCAAUGCUGCUAUUGCAACCAUCAAGACCAAACGUUCCAUUCAAUUCGUUGAUUGGUGCCCAACUGGUUUCAAGGUCGGUAUCAAUUACCAGCCCCCAACUGUCGUUCCUGGUGGUGAUUUGGCCAAGGUUUCUCGUGCUGUUUGCAUGUUGUCCAAUACUACCGCCAUCGCCGAGGCCUGGGCUCGUUUGGAUCACAAAUUUGAUUUGAUGUAUGCCAAGCGUGCGUUCGUCCAUUGGUACGUCGGUGAGGGUAUGGAGGAGGGAGAGUUCUCUGAGGCUCGUGAAGAUUUGGCCGCUCUCGAGAAGGAUUACGAGGAGGUCGGUAUGGAUUCCGUCGAAGGCGAGGGAGAAGGUGGCGAUGAAUAUUAAUUGAAAAUUAUCAUUCCUUGUUAACCAAGAAAAACAUGUACCCCUUUUAUCUAGUGGCAGGUGCUUGUUGCUUGCUUUCUAGUGUUUCUCGUCUUAAUUGCUCUAUUUAUUUAGAGCGUUUAAAGCCAAUAUGAUACUUCUCGCGUUAAA